AUGUCAUAUAGUGGAAACCCUACUCCUGCUCCAACCACAACCAUAACCACAACCACAACCACAAUCCUUUGGAAUGCUUCUGAAUUGAACAAAUUUAUCAACUUAAUGAUUGAUAAUGUAAGGAAUGGUCAAAAGUCCAACUCCACAUUCAGUAAAGUUUGGUGGAAUAACAUUAAAGCAGGACUAGAACCAACUUUCCAACGUCCAUUUCGAAAAGAGCAGCUGCGUAAUAAGAUGAAUAAGCUACGAGGUGACUAUACUAGUUUCAGGCGGUUGCUCGAAACUAUGGGAUUUGGAUGGGAUUCAAAUACCAGGACUGCUACAGCUGCAGAUUCUGUUUGGGAAAAUACUAUAAAGGCAAAUCCAAAUUGGACCGAAUUCCGAAAGAGUGGACUUCCAUGGUGGCCAGAGUUGUUAGAGGUCUUCUCAGACUCAAGUGCUCGAGGAGAUAGAGGAGUAUCUCAGCAUACUGCUGGGAAGCAAAAGUCCAUUGACAUUGAUCUUGAUUGUGAGGAUGAGAAUGAUACACAUGACUCCCCUGAAGAUGUAGUAGGUCUGGAUGAUAUAGAGCCUACAGAUGUUGAUGAAGUGCUCAUAUGUGGCCUGGAAAAUGGAACGGGGGGUAGUAGUACUCCCACUUCCAGACCAGUUCUUCCAACUGUCAAUAAUCUAGUAGAUGGAAUGUACAGCAUCAAAGCGUGUCAGGUAUUGUUGGACAACAUGAUAGAGUUAACAGAAGAGAUGUGGGUGAAGGCUCAACAAAAGAUACACAAUAGUGCUGCUUGGAGAAUAUCAUUUGUAGAAGUUGUUGCUGAAAAAAGGAUGUGGAUAAUUAGAGCAUUGAAGUAG